CGGGCGGCGCCGCGGCCCCGGGCCCCCGCGCUCGAUGCGGCACAGCCUGAGCCAGCUGCUGGCGGCGUCCGGCGCCGACUCCCCGGCCCGCAGCGCCAGCCCGGCGCCGGCCGACGAGGGCGAGGCGGGGGCCGAGGGCGGGGGCCGCGCGCCGCGCCCCCGGGAGAUGGCGGAGGGGGCGCUGGGCCGCGUCCCGGGGGCGGAGGCGGAGGACAUGGACUUCCUGUCGGGGCUGGAGCUGGCCGACCUGCUGGACCCGGAGCCCGGGCCCGGCUCGCCGGGGCCGCGGGCGGCGUCGGGCGGCGGCCCUGAGGGCGGCGGCCCGUGGCGCGCGGACGAGGACGACGAGGCGGCGGCCGCCGAGAUGCAGCGCUUCGCCGACCUGCUGCAGCGGCUGCUCAACGGCAUCGGCGGCGGCGGCGGCGGCGGGGACGGCGACGAGAAGCGGCGGCGCAAGGGCGGCGGCGGCGGCGGCGACGGGCUGGCGGGCGCGCGGAGCCCGCGCAAGGCGGCGGCGGCGGCGGCGCGCCUCAACCGCCUGAAGAAGAAGGAGUACGUGAUGGGGCUGGAGAGCCGCGUGCGCGGGCUGGCCGCCGAGAACCAGGAGCUGCGGGCCGAGAACCGCGAGCUGGGCCAGCGCGUGCAGGCGCUGCAGGAGGAGAGCCGCUACCUGCGCGCCGUGCUGGCCAACGAGAGCGGCCUGGCGCGCCUGCUGGGCCGCCUGAGCGGCGUGGGGCUGCGCCUCACCUCGUCGCUGCUGCGCGACGCGCCCUGCGACCACGACUACGCGCGGCCCCUGGGCGCGCGGCCGCCCGAGGCGCCCCCCGACGAGGACGCGCCCGGGGGCGUGUGCCUGCACGUGGACCGGGACAAGGUGUCGGUGGAGUUCUGCGCCGCCUGCGCCCGGAAGGCGGCGGCCUCGCUGAAAGUUUUCUUUUUUAGGUGAUUUCCUUCCUGCCAGGCUCCGUGGUAGGGGUCGCAGCACGGUCGUUCCCGCCUCCCGACCUGGUAAGGACCCAUCUCUUCACGUAACGCUCAUGCUCGGCUGCUUGGUCUACUUUAAUGGGCAACGUCUCAAGUGUGCGUGUGUGUGUGGGGUUUUCUUCUCUUGUGUGGCGGAAGGCGGGAGGGCAGAUCUGCUUUGGGCCCUGUCCACCCUGGAAACAGACUCGUGCUGGUCAGUCAUGGCUUGAAGAUGCUUCUUCCGGUUGAAAUAGCUGUGAACGUGUCCCCUGUUCAGACUUGCGCGUACCUAGCUCUUCUGUCCCCAGUGUGGACAUGGCCUUGGACGACAUCGGUUCCAACUGUACACUGACAGCUGCUAAUAGCGAUAACAGUUUGGAGACAGUGACACAGGUGAAGUUGAAUGGAAGUUCCGAGUUGUACACGGUGCAAAUUGGAAUUCCAGUUUUAGAGCAACUUUCCAGAGGUUCCUAAGAAGUCUGGGGCAUGCACAAGUGUGGUAGUUAACGAUAGUCACUUCUCUGGAGCCGGCAGAAAUCUUAAAAUAUCUCCAAGAAUGCUCUCUUAGUUUUCAGUAGAAGAUCUAGAAAUGAUACCUUUUAAGACGGACAGAUUUGACUGUCACUGGUAGAAAGGUUGGAAAUUAACAUGCCUGUCAGACUCCCGCGUUAGUUAACUGGAGGAAGACUAAGAAUGGUAAAUGGAACCUUUGAGGACCAGCACAGUGAUUACCCUAUCACUGAGUAUGAAUAAAUUGUCGAAAACCUUUAUUUUUGUUGUAUUAAAAUUUUAGAUUAAAUUCCUGUAUGAUUAAGAUAUUGAAGGCUUUGAAAUGUGAAUGAAAACGUGUAAAGUGAGGCUUCACAAAGAAUCCUUAUCCUCCGUAUAUCAAGGGUAUUUGUCCUAUUUGCAAAUUGCUUUGAAAAUGGAGGGCUUCUGGCUACUUAAUGACACAAUUGACACUUUUUCCGAAGACAGGACAUACUCUUCCCUUGAAUUCUUUCCUAUUUGCUGUCCUCCAAGUGUGUGACUUGAGUUAACAAUGUACUUCAGGAAAAAAGGCAUUAAAUUCUUUGUGAAACAUCACUGUUUGAUAAAGUUAUACGUAUUUAGUAUCCUUGUUUUUCUUUGUGCUAAAGUGGAUACAGCUGUUGGGGCAGAAGAGACGGGACCAGCUGCUGGCCACAUUUCCUGCUUUAUUUUAAAAGGUAGUAUAAGAAAUGAGGAAAAAGAGGUAAUAUCAGGGCUUCUGCUGUCUUUUAUUUUGAACUGUUCAUGAUUAAGUAUUUUCCAGCAGUCCAAAGAUGUAAGUUAUCUUACACAUAAAAUGUUUUAUUUUGUUGUUAUUUGGUUAUGAAAAUGGAAUCCUUGUUCUUGCACAACUGUAAAUGUUCUGUUGCUAGAUAAUACAGUUUGAGACCUAACUUGGUCUCUGGUUUCAGUGCAUCACAGCAUAUUUUGUAAAAAACAUCUAUUGCACUUGAGCAUGAAUGGGUAAUAGCCAAACUCAAAACCUGGAGUGAUGAACCUGCUUAUACAAGUGCAGGACCAAGCCCCUCACAAUGCAGCUGCAUGAAUUUUUAGUGCCUACUGAAUUUUAUAUAUAUAUAUCUAUAUAGGGAGAUAUAGAUAUAGAUAUAUAUAAACCAAAAGUAGUUGGAAAAGUUAUUUGAAAUGACUAACUUGUGCUAUCUUUAUGGAAUAUGUUAAAUGUAGCUUUUUGAAACAGAAGCCUUGAAUUGAAAUUAAUACUUGAACAUUUUGUAUCUAUUUCUUUGUAUAUAAUUUUGUGCAGUACCAAUGACAAAACUAUGGUGUCAUAAUAAAACCAGGUUUGUUGAUCUUUCAGUUAUGUGCUCAAAGAAUUUAUUCAUCUCUAACAUGACAUUGGAAAAUGAUGAAAAUAGAAAAAAAAUGAUUGUUGUUAAUUCUGACUGUGGGUCUUAAAAGGUUCUGGAAGCA